GGUACCAAAGUCUUUCUCGUCGACAGCAGAUUGGAAAUCCAUCGACAUUCGAGAUGAUAGUCUCUCGGAGGGUUCCCUCUAUACUGAGAUCAUUUAGUCCUGUUUCACAAAGGCGUCACGCCAGCCAAACUGCGACGGGGGCCAGGUUAAACAAGCCAAUAGAGUACAAGAAGAGUCCGAUCCUACAUCAGUCACAGAACAGCGCCAGAUCUGCCUUUGGUUUAUCACAAGAUGCACAAGUUGAUUGGCAAAACUUGCACGGCGCCAUCAACACUUCUUUACACCAUGCUCUGAAAACGGACGAAAGUGUUUUGUUAUUCGGUGAAGACGUAGCGUUUGGUGGUGUUUUCAGGUGCUCGAAAGGCCUUACAGACGAAUUUGGGACGAGUCGGGUCUUCAACACUCCUUUGUCUGAGCAAGGAAUUGUAGGCUUCGCGAUUGGCUGUGCCGCGGAAGGCAUGAAACCUGUCGCCGAAAUUCAGUUUGCGGACUACGUCUUCCCUGCCUUCGACCAACUUGUCAACGAAGCCGCGAAAUUCCGCUAUCGAGAAGGAGGAACGGGUGGUCACUGUGGCGGCCUUGUUGUCCGCAUGCCAUGCGGGAGUGUCGGUCACGGAGGUCUUUACCAUUCUCAAAGUCCUGAGGCGUUGUUCACGCAUGUUCCGGGCCUUAGAGUUGUCAUGCCGAGAUCACCAUCACAAGCCAAGGGUUUGCUGAACUCUUCAAUUCUCCAUUCAAACGAUCCUGUUAUAUUCAUGGAACCCAAAAUUCUCUACCGAGCCGCGGAAGAGUUUGUGCCGCGCGAAUCAUAUACCCUACCACUGGAUAAGGCCGAUGUGCUCAAGAAGGGUAAAGAUCUAACCGUAAUCUCAUACGGUCAACCCCUGUACCUCUGUUCUGCGGCUAUUGAGGCGCUUGAGAAGGAUAUCAAAGGUCUAAGCAUCGAAUUGAUCGACCUGAGAGCAAUAUACCCAUGGGACAGAGCCACGAUCAUGGAGAGCGUCAACAAGACCGGUCGUGCAGUGGUUGUGCAUGAGAGCAUGUACAACGCUGGUGUAGGAGCAGAAGUCGCUGCUAGCAUUCAAGAGGGAGCCUUUCUUCGACUAGAAGCUCCGGUGGCCAGAGUCACUGGCUGGAGCAUCCAUGCCGGUCUGAUUUACGAGAAGUUUAACAUGCCAGAUAUUACGAGAAUAUAUGACACUAUGAAAAAGACACUGGAAUACUGAGCGUCUGAUAGAUUACGAUCCAGCGGUGGAAACUCCUCUACAGGGUCAAGUUGGCUCAAUCGGUAUCGACAUACUACUUGUGCAUAAUCCUCGAUGAGGAUAAGAGCACAAAGCGGGACAGGUCGGACUAUGAUCGAUCCUAAACAUAUUGAGGACUUUGACGGUGGCAGACAGCACCCCGGUUUACUCUUCCACAAUGCCGCAGAUCCAAUGUCGAGGCAACAUUGCUGCCAUCUGUAAUUUCGACUUCCAAGGAGAAAUUUAUCUAUCCUGGAGCUUGUUGCUCUGCAUCGAUCUAGCGUCUCGCUACGGAAAGAAUCAAGAAGUGUUUACGGGGCCAUACAUUAGUAUGCAGGCAAGACCUUAUAUGGGGUGCAAGGCCCGACAAGAGGUUCUCGACGUGUAUAUAUCUUCAUCUAGACCCAAUCUUGCAUAUAUUGAGGCUCAGUAUUCCUCCUUGAAUACCAUAACCUUGGGUGUUUCUCG